AUGGGUAAGAUUACGAAAUUGGUGGUUUGUGGGCCUGUGGGUAGUGGGAAAACCUCUCUAAUUGAACACUGCAUAUAUGGAAAUUAUUUUGAGAGACAACCUGAUGACUUCGUUUCUACAUCUGAAGAUACCUAUAAUGCUGUUGUUGAGACAGAUCGUGGCUCCAAAGAAAAAGUUCGAAUUUAUGAUCUUGGGGGAACCACAAAAGUUGAGCGACAUUUCGUGAAUUGUGCUGAUGCAUUUAUUUUGGUGUAUGAUGUAAGCGAUGCGAAAUCUUUCACUGCAGUACAAAAUUUGAAGCAAGACAUUGACAAGCACCGUGAAAAACGUGACUUAUGCGUAGUACUGUGUUGUCACAAAGUCGAUAAACUUAGGGAUAUAACUCUAGAUACAACAGAAGUUUCUCGGUGGACUCAAUAUGAAAAAGUAGCAGGGACUUUUGAAACAACUGUCCAUGAUCGUCAAUCACUCAUCAAUCUAUUUGCAUGGGUCGUGUCCCGUGUCAAUCAAUCACAAAUCGGACACUUCCAUCGAAUUGAAAGUGCACUUUGCUGCAGAUUUUAUCGCUCCUAUUAUGAUAACAAUAUCAGCAAAUCAGGUUUUUCUUUUGGAAAGAAAGAUGCUCGAUGA